AUGGCAAAAGUUCUAAUUUUCAUGUUUUCUUUGUUUUCAGUAGCAACCAAAUCGUUCGAUAAUUGUCAACCCGGACAAUAUUAUUCUGGAACUUUAUGCAUAGAUUGUUAUCCGGGAACUUAUUCUGAAUUUGGACAACCAACAUUGUGUCAACCAUGUCCUCCUGGAACUGCAAGUUCAUCUGGGGCUGCUCGAUGUACUGUGUGUAAUUAUGGAUAUUAUCAACCAAAAGAAGGAUCUUCGUCGUGUGACCCAUGUCCCAGUGGUACGUAUACUUCAAAUGUUGAAUCAACAACAUGUUCAAAUUGCAUUCCUGGCACUUAUUCAAUGAAUGGAAGCAAAUAUUGCAGUGAAUGUCCAAGUGGGUUUUAUUCGACAACUGGAAGUUCGACGUGUGUACAAUGUGUUUCUACGAGUUGUGGAGUGUGUUCAAUAACGACGGGGGAGUGCACUUCGUGUAAUGUUGGCUAUUCGUAUGAUUUGUAUAAUAAGAACUGUUUAAUAUGUCCCGCAUCGUAUUAUUCGAGUGGUGGAACUUCGUUGUGUUCAAAGUGUGCGACUGGGUAUUACUCACUCAGUGGUUCAAGUAAGUGUACAGCAUGUUCAACAAGUUGCAAAACGUGUGACCAAACAAAUGGAAACUGUUUAUCUUGCUAUGAUGGAUAUUUUCUGAAUGGUAAAAUAUGUGACACGUGCUCGGCUGGAACGUACCAAAGCGGUGGAAGUUGUGUAACUUGUACAGACAUGCAAUACUCGUUGGCAGGAAGCACAACGUGUAAAAGUUGCAGUUCAACGUGUUUGAGUUGUGAUAAGACAAAUGGGUAUUGCAUGUCAUGUGAGUCGGGUAUGGGAAUUACAACAACAACAUGUUCUGUGUGCAGUGCUGGUACAUACAGCAUUGCAAACAAAUGUGAGUAUUGUUUACUUGGAACAUUUUCAUCAUCACCAAAAAGUUUGCGGUGUGAUACAUGUGCAGAUGGGACUUAUGCCGACACAACGGGAUUACCAAGUUGCAAAACGUGUGAUGUACUGUGUCAAGGACCAUGUGAGAGAACAAGUGGCAAAUGUAUAGCCUGUACAAGUAGUGCUAUUCUAUCGAAUGGAGUGUGCUCACUGUGCAAUUCGGGAACAAUGGCAAAUCAAACAACAAACAUUUGUGACGUAUGCAAGGCGGGUACCUAUGCCGGUGAAGGAUUUUCUGAGUGCAAAAUUUGUGGAGAGAUGACUUACUCAACUGUUGGCUCAUCAUCAUGUCAACAAUGUGACAGUCAUUGUGAUGGGUGUGAUGCAACGAAUGGAAAAUGUGUCAGUUGUGUUGUUGGAUAUGCUUUUGUAGUUGGGAAGUGUGCCAUAUGUCCAAAGGGGACUUAUUACACGAGUUCUAUGUGUCAGAGUUGUAAUGAGAUGGCAUACCAAAAUGUUGAGGGACAAACCACCUGUAAGUUAUGUGACUCGUCGUGUGCAAGUUGCAAUGCAACAGAUGGAAAAUGUCUCACAUGUGCUGCUGGAUAUGGCUUUGACAGUGGAGUGUGUACGUUGUGUGGCGACCUUACAUACUCAGAAGGCGGUGUUAUGCAGUGCCAGCAGUGUUCGACUGAAUGUAAGAAGUGUGACAGAAAAAGUGGUGCGUGCAUGUCAUGCGAAGCUGGCAACAAGAAAAUUGAUAACAGCUGUGUGUCGUGUGCUUCAUCUGGAUAUUGCGAUUUGUGCACAGACGAGACAUCAGAUGGUAUUUGUGUAUCAUGUGAAGAUGGAUUUUAUUUGAAUGAAAGUGCCGAUUGUCAACCAUGUAGUGAUAUUCACAAAGACUGUCUGAAGUGUUCUAAAACAAAGAAAACAUGUCUCUCUUGUGCAGGCAACAUGAUAUCAACUGGCACCAGUUGUGUUGCAUGUGAAGUUGUGAUGGUCAGAGUCACAGAAACGACGUGUGACUCCUCGUACAAUGUCAUCCCAAAGUGUCAGAUUGCAGACUAUGUCAACAAUCAACACAUUUGCACUGCAUGUUUUGCGCCAUACAUCACUUCAAGUGACUCUAAGGCAUGCAAUUUGGGAUACACCACAACAACAUACUUCAACACAAAUGAUCACCAAUCACACACCAACAUGGAUGGGUGUAUCAACCAAAUCGAUACAAUGUGUUACCUAUGUAAUACAACAACGAUGUUGUUAAAUGGUGUUUGUAAUGUUAUGCAUGAGAAGUGUGAUACAUAUUCGCAACACGGCUGCGACAACUGCAUUUCAGAUGUGAUCACAUCGAAUAACAACUGUGCCAACACGACAAAAUGUAAAUAUGAAAUCAACAGAGAAAGUGGCACCGAGUGUUUGUAUUGUGUUGAUGACGUGUUGUGUGGUAAGGCAAAACAACAAUGUGGAAUAUCACACAACGAGUAUUGUUACUUUGCAGUGAAUGGGUAUCACACAACAAACUACAACACUAUUAAACAAUGUGAAAGUGAAGUGUGUGUCAUUUCAAAUGGAAUUAUCACAGAUUUGAAAUGUCAAGAUGACAAAUUGUUGAUAGAUGGCGCGUGUACAACUAAUGCGAUGUGUUCUGUAAUGUCAAGUAAUGAUUGUAUCAAAUGUGAUUCAAAACAACACAUCUCACAAGGAAAAUGCUCACAAAACAGUGCCAAUUGUGAAAAUCAAAAUGGAGAUAUUUGCAUUGUGUGUAACAACUCCAUCAACGUUGACGGUUUGUGCACAGACAGCCAGUCAAUUCAUUGCACUUCAUUUGACAAAGUGUGUGUCACAUGUAAAAGUGGUUAUUACAAAGAUGUUGAUGGCUGUAAAGAAAAGACUGGCGUGUUGUCUAAUUGCGGUGUUGUCUCGUCACUUAACACCAAAUGUGUCGAGUGUGAGUCUGAUUACAACUUUGAUGGAAUUUCGUGUGUGCCACAAACACUUCCAAAUGAGACCACUAGACAGACAACUAUAAAGGAAGACACACAGACAGACAGCCAUUGUGAAGUGAGAACCACAAAGGGGUGUCUGAGGUGUUUCAGUGGGUAUUACCUCGCAGACCGCAUGUGUGUGAAGUGUGAGUACCCCUGUGUCUACUGUUCAAAUCAGACAUUCUGCACAAAGUGCGACGAUUACUCGUAUGCAAACAACAACGGCGUUUGCACUGAAAUCAACGCGCUUGUCAGUGUGUGUGACGUGUUGAUGUCAACAUAUCGCGGGUGUGUCGUCUGUAAGGAGGGGUACAUGCGGUCAUCUGAUGGCACAACAUGUAUUAAUUGUGAUGAGUCAUGCAAGUCGUGCACAAAUGAAGGAAACUGUGUUGUGUGUAAUGAAGCGUUCUAUCGCACCUCAUCAAAUGUCACCAAGUUGUGUUCGCCACAAAGCGAGUUGACUUCGUGUGCAAACAGAACAACAGCUGGUUGUAUGCAAUGUGAAGGCGGACACUAUCUCUCCAAUAAUUUGUGUGUGAAGUGUCAAGACACGUGUACACAAUGCAAAGGUAUCAAUGAGUGCACUGACUGUGUGAAAGACAAUGUACUUGUGUCAGGUGUCUGUUCACAUUAUACAACCAUUGAAAACUGUGUUGAAUCUGCCGACAACAAAUGUUCAAGAUGUGAUGACAAAUACAAGUUGAGUGACGACAUGUUGAGUUGCAUUUACACCACAAAUUAUGGUGUUGUUGUUGGCAUUCCAAUAGUAAUAGUACUAAUACUAUUACUUGUUAUAAUUAGUAUUAUAAUAAUUAUAGUUCUUGUGUUUCAUAAACAAGAAAAAACAAAGAAAAUGGAAAACAUCUGUGUCUUUAAAAUGAAUCGUUCAAACGUAGUGAUGAGCGUGUUAGACGGUAACAUUUUAACCAACAAAAAGUUGCUCAAAUUUGAUGAUGUCUGUGAAGUCAUUCCCGUCGAAAAAGAGUCUCGUGAGCUCCUCUGUGUUGGCAACAAAGGCAAAGGCGUUUUGAAAGUCCAAAUGACAACACGUGGGGAUUGUGACAAAUACUCAAUUCGCACAGAGCCGCAAUUGGUGACUUUAAAAAAAGGUGAAGCGUGUGAGUUUGAAAUAUUUGUAACACCACAUUGUUCAUUGAAAUUACAAGAUGAGAUGAUGAUAGUCACCAUGAACAUCGAAAAUGGCGAGACUGUGUCUGUCCCAAUUGCCAUUGAAAUCACAACAGAAAACUCGACUAAAUUGGAUUACGACGAAUUGAAAGAAGACAAGAAACUUGGGGAAGGAUCGUUUGGAAUUGUCUACAAAGGGAGUUACAGAGGAAAUAUCAUUGCUAUUAAGAAAAUAAAACAAGUAAAUAACAACGACAAACUUAUCAAAGAAUUUGAAAGUGAGGUGUGUAUGUUAGACAAGUUUAGAAGUGAGUAUAUAGUUCACUUUUAUGGCGCCGUGUUCAUACCAAAUAAGAUAUGUAUGGUCACCGAAUUUGCACAAUAUGGGAGUUUACAAGACUUGAUGAAACACAAAACAUGUAAAGAAAUUGAUAUCAAAUUGCGAGUUAAAUAUAUGAUAGACGCUGCUAAAGGUAUUUCAUAUUUACACACAAAUGGGAUAUUGCACAGAGACAUUAAACCGGAUAACAUUUUAAUAUUUUCACUUGAUAUAAAUGAAAAGGUGAAUGCUAAGUUGACCGACUUUGGAACAAGCAGAAAUGUUAAUAUGAUGAUGACUAAUAUGACUUUCACUAAAGGUAUUGGAACACCAGCAUAUAUGGCUCCUGAAGUGUUGAACCGAAAGAAAUAUAAAAAGCCAGCAGACGUCUAUUCAUUUGCAAUGACUAUGUUUGAAGUGUUUUUAUGGGAAUUUUCAUUUAAAGAAGAACAGUUUAAAUAUGCAUGGAGUAUAGCAGAUUACACGUCAAAUGGAAAAAGACUACCAAUACCAAAUACUGUGCCAGAGAAUUUAAAAUUACUAAUACAAAAUAGUUGGGAACAAGACCCAAUCUCGAGAUGUGAUAUUAAAAAUGUUAUUGAAAAACUAACAAUUUAUAACAAUAGAAUUAAUUGA